UGAAGUUAGGACUUGCGAAGAAGCCUAAUAAUUUGGAUAUUGAAGUUUAUAUAGUUUUAAGAAGUAGAUUUAUCGGUAAAACAUUCAGAAGUUUCUAAUAUGAUUGGAUCACGGUCCUUUCAAGCUUUCAACAGAGGACCCACCUGGUCUUAUACUCGCCAAGUGAGGAAAGGUCGACUGGAAGCACUAGAACUAGUCUGCCAACUAGGAAGGAGUAAUCACAAUGGAACAACCAACUCAUGUUCUUACCUCAUUCACAACAAGUUCUUCCAGUCAGGCCCGUCAUCAUCGCCAUGUUUGCCAUCAUCCUCAGCAACAUCUUUGCAAGCAUCAGCAUCACAUUUGAAGUUAUCAACAUCAUCUUGGCAAUCAUCAAUAUCACCUUUGCAAUCAACAUCUCCUUUUCAACCAUCAGCAUCACAGUCAUCGAGGCUGUGUAGUUCUUCCGCAAACUCAGUUAGUCCCUCGAGGGAGCCUUCGAGAUUGCUCGAGUGCAGUGAUGAGAAAACUCAAGAAAUCGCGGAGAAAGACUUUAUUGUUAUUCAAAACUUUAUCACAGAGGAAGAGGAGGACUCGUUGUUGAAGGAAGCAGAAAGGUUCCUGAAAAAAGUGCGCUAUGAGUACGACCAUUGGGAUAAUGCAAUACAUGGAUUCAGAGAAACAGAGAAGUCUCGCUGGUCCGAGGUCAACAGUCCUAUCAUCCAAAGGAUCCGAGACCAGGCCUUCCCAGAGGGUUCCGCACAGCUCACUCUGGUCCAUGUCUUGGACCUGGCCCAGAAUGGUUACAUCAAGCCACACGUGGAUAGUAUCAAGUUUUGUGGUUCUACCAUUGCUGGCCUGUCCCUUCUAUCUCCUGCGGUCAUGAGACUAGUCCAUGAAGAAAACAGCAAUCAGUGGGUCAAUGCACUUCUCAGCCCAAGAAGUCUCUAUAUCAUGAGAGACAAGAUACGGUAUGACUACACCCAUGAGGUCCUUAAAGAAGAAGAAUCCGUCUUCAGAGGGAACCCUGUGACGAGGGGAAGACGUAUCUCUAUCAUGUGUCGUGCAGAGGUCUCUCAAUCAUCACAACAAACGGACAACUGAGAUGUGUUUUUUUGAUAGACUUAACUCAGUUUGAGCCGUUCAUUUUGCAGCUGAAAUCUGACGUUUCUUUCUUUACAGGUCAAACAAGGGAACCCAUUCAAAGACUUGUCCAUUUUACAAUGAUUUCUUAGAAUAUUUCAGGAUGAGUUGACAUUAUCAAUUCAAGAUUGAAAUUAUGAGUGGCCCCUUGUUUCCCAUAAUAUGAAGGCUACUUUUUUUUUAGCUCAAUAAAACAUUGUGUAGUCUUUUGAGUUUUGACAGUGUGCAGUAUAAAUAAGCUUGUGUCAUGUUGCAUUAUGUGAUAAGAACAAAAACAAACAAACACACAAAACAUGAUACCGGUAAGCACUCUGACUUUAAAGAUAUUUAUUUGUAACUCAACCUUCCCAAAUUAUCAGUGUGAAAUCAAUAUCAAAUGAUUAGCAAUUAAAUAUACUCUUCAUUGUUUUACUUUAUUUUGGAGGAUUUCAAAUUUAAAGUCUUGAUUCAAGAUUUUGCCCUAACACAUGGAUUUUAAUUUCAGUUGAGUAAUUAUUAAUGGCCUGUUUUAUAAAUUUCUCGUUCAACAUUUGCCUUGUCCCGUAACAAGGCACACAGUUCAAGCUCAUGUCAGCAAUUGUAAGCAGAAAGCAUUGCAAGACUCAUGAAGUUUCACUGAUUAAAGUUGAUAAAUAAAAUACAUGUAAUGGAAAUACUCAGCAGCACCACAGCUUUCCUUUGACAGUACAGUGACACAGAUAAGACAUGAAUAAAGAUGCAGAUCUAUAACUGUGA